GGGUUUGCAGCGGAUGAGUUGAAGACCGAGAGCAAGAGAGAAGGAGAGAGGGAGAGAGAUAUAGCAAUAUAGAGAGAGAGAGAGAGAGAGAGAGAGAUAGAGAAAGAGAGAGAGUGGAGUGAGAAGAAAAGCGAGUGAGAGAGAGAGAAGGAAAUCUGUAUUCAUGUAAGGAGUUUUGACAAGAAGAAAACAGCCGUGUAUGAUAAUGGACGCAGGUCAGCGUUUUGACCCGGAGCUUCCUGACGAAACCAAAAGCACCAGCAGGACAGAUACCUCAAGUGUGAACCAACAGCCUCCCUGUUUUCUAAACCUGCUGUUGGCGGUACAGCAAGUGUUUGUGCAGUGCUCUCUGCUGGUUCUGGUCCUGGGUGUGUUACAGCAACAUCUACUGUUACAGGAUGGAGAGAGAGAGAGGUUACUGUCCUCCAUGUUGUUCUACUCCGGUCUCUCCACUCUGAUACAGAGCUGUCUGGGGACAUGCCUCCCUCUGGUCCAGGCUCCGUCUCUGGAAAUCCUUAUCCCUGCUGUCGUCCUCACUGCCCAGAUUGUUACUGAACCGGCCUGCAGAGGGCACUGUGAGGAGAGUGAGGGGGACAUCCUACCCAGAGCCAACCCAGUCAGAGAGCUCCAGGGUAUGACUGUGAUGGUGGGCAUGGUCCAGCUGGUUCUGGGUGUGACAGGUCUGAGUGGUGUGGUUCUGAGACACUGCGGUCCGCUGGUCAUAGCCCCUCUGUUGUGUCUACUGGGCUUCUCCAUCUACAGAGAGGCUGCUCUGCUCUGCUCAGACCACUGGGCCAUCGCUGCACUGACAGUCAUCCUCCUAGUGCUCCUGUCCCAGCAUCUACGCUCCUACAUGCUCCCAGCAUGCCUCAGGAUGCCUCAGCUACCUGUCUGCAGGAUGCUCUCUGUGCUGCUGCCUCUAAUGAGUGUGUGGGCUCUGUGUGAAGUAUUGGAGAGUUUUGGGGUUUUCCGCCUCCGUUCGGUCUCCGAGCUGCUGCCGGCACCGAAGACAAGCAACACUUCUCUUCCCGUACCUUUAACGUCGGACCUCACUUCCUUCACUGUGCCGUGGCUCAGCCCCCCUCUGGCAGUAGAGGCAGGUCUACCCCUGCUGUCAGUUCGAGGCAUGGCGGCCGGUGUCGUUGCAGCCCUCUCUUCCUCUGUCAGUUCAGUGGGGAUGUACCUGCUAACAGCCCGGCUCCUGGGAGUCCCCCCUCCCCCCGCUGCAGCCUGUAACAGGGGCCUUGGGGCCCAGGGUCUGGGCAGUGUGGUGGCUGGCCUGAUGGGGGCGCCACUGGGGCUCAGCAGCAGUGUCCCCAACACCUGUACUCUGGGACUCAGCCAGUCUGGGUCCAGGUGGACAGUGCAGCUGACAGCCAUCUUUGGACUGGCCCUAGGAGUGUCCCCUCGACUGACACAGCUCAUCACCUCUGUCCCCUUGGCCAUCUACGGUGCUAUUCUCAGUGUAACAUACUCUAUUGCCGUGGCUACAGGCGUGAGGUACUUCCAGUUCACACACAUCGACUCUGGACGUAACAUCUUCAACAUCGGCUUGGCUGUCUUCAUGUCUCUAGUUCUGCCUCACUGGUUCCGCAUGCGGACCGCAUUUAUUGAUACAGGUAUGGUCAGUGUUGAUGUCCUUCUCCAUUCUCUUCUGACCUCACCUGUGCUCCUGGUGGGCAUCCUGGCUUUCCUAUUGGACAAUACAGUAUCGGGGUCUUCAUCGGAGAGAGGACUUGACUCAGCAGAGAUGGAGAAGACAGGGUGGACAUCAGUCAACAGUGAGCCAGGGUAUCACCGGGAAGUGGCGUUAAUUUACGAGUCCCCUUACCUCCUGAGAAGACUGUGGAAGUUACCUUGGUUCAGGACGACCCCUUUCUCCGCCUGUAGGAUCACAGAUCAUGGAGACAUACUGUAGAGCCCCGUCUGAGGGUAGUAGGUCUCGUUUUAAAGUUAAAGUUGUGUGGAAUUGAUAUGUAAAGACAAGGGACUGUGGACAAUAGGCAUAAUAUGGUAUUAGCCCAUGAUGUAUAUAUAAAUAUAGAAUAAUGUAUAUGCCAUACUGUAUAUGAAAUGUACUGUGUGUCUACGUAGUUAGUGACCUGAACAGAGUUUGCUUGUAUGAUAGUGGGUUUGUAUUGGUGGAUUAAUGGCACAGCUUCAGGAAGAUGUGGGUUUGUAUUGGUGGAUUAAUGGCACAGCUUCAGGGAGAUGUGUGAU